UAACGUUCGUCGGAUUUGACGCUAGUCUACAACACGGGGGGGCAGCGCACUUAUCAUGUGAGUGAGGAACAGGUAGCUGAGGAGAAUCACAGCGCCGACUUUACGGUUGUGUUAAUCAACCUGUGAGGAUAGUUUGUGACUUCCAUUGUCGUCAUUUUGUGAAUAAAACCGGGAGGACGCCAGCGGGACUGCUGCGUAUUUUUCAUGGACUCUCCGGUAACUAGCUAAGCAUGACAGCACACACCGCGUCAUAGGAGUCCAGUACUGACAGUGUGGAAGGAGGGAACAGGAGAAGGAAGCAGGAGAGGAAGAAGAGAGAGAUAUUUUUAUAAUUGGAGCAGAUGGGUGAGACGGAGGAUGAGCGUACAGCACAGGCCAGCGUGCUCUUUGAGAACUUUGUCAAGGCGUCCACUUGUAAAGGGACUCUGCAGGCCUUCAGCAUCCUCUGCAGGCAGCUGGAGCUGGAUCCUCUGGACUACAGCAACUUCUACAGCUCACUGAAAGCUGCAAUCAGCACCUGGAAGGCCAAGGCGCUGUGGGCCAAACUGGACAAAAGGGCACAGCACAAGGUCUACAACCAGAAUAAAGCCUGCCAGGGCACCAUGUGCCUGAUCAUUGGCGGUGGUCCUUGUGGUCUGCGGACAGCUAUCGAGCUGGUCCUGUUGGGCUGUAAGGUGGUGGUGAUUGAGAAGAGGGACACCUUCUCCAGGAACAACGUGCUCCACCUCUGGCCUUUCACCAUCCACGACCUCAGGGGCCUCGGAGCCAAGAAGUUCUACGGCAAGUUCUGCGCUGGCUCCAUCGACCACAUCAGUAUCCGCCAGCUCCAGCUGAUGCUGAUGAAAGUAAGUCUGAUUCUGGGAGUGGAAAUUCAUGUCAACGUGGAGUUUGUCAAACUUGUGGAGCCACCAGCAGAGCAGACUGACGACAGUCCUGGGUGGCGAGCAGAAGUCCGGCCCUCCAGCCAUCCUGUCUCAAACUUUGAUUGUGAUGUGGUGAUUGGAGCCGACGGACGCAAAAACACAUUAGACGGUUUUGGUCGCAAAGAGUUUCGAGGGAAGUUGGCCAUCGCCAUCACAGCUAACUUUGUCAACAGGAACACCACAGCAGAGGCCAAAGUGGAGGAGAUCAGUGGCGUGGCCUCCAUCUUUAACCAGAAGUUCUUUCUGGAACUUAAGGAAGAGACAGGAAUUGACUUGGAGAACAUAGUUUACUACAAAGACAACACCCACUACUUUGUCAUGACGGCAAAGAAGCAGAGUCUGCUGGACAAAGGGGUCAUCGUGAAUGACUACAUGGAAACGGAACGACUGCUAAGUGCUGACAACGUCAACCAGGAAGCAUUGCUCUCAUACGCUCGUGAAGCAGCUGACUUCGGCACGAACUACCAGCUGCCGUCCCUGGACUACGCCAUCAACCACUACGGGCAGCCUGAUGUUACCAUGUUUGACUUCACUAGCAUGUACGCCUCAGAGAAUGCCGCCUUAAUCAGGGAGAAACACGGACAUCAGUUACUGGUCGCACUGGUCGGAGAUAGUCUGCUUGAGCCUUUCUGGCCCAUGGGUACAGGUUGUGCUCGGGGUUUUCUGGCAGCCUUUGACAGUGCUUGGAUGGUGAGGGGCUGGGCACAGGGCAGGAGUCCUCUGGAGAUACUGGCUGAAAGAGAGAGUAUCUACCGGCUGCUGCCUCAGACCACCACAGAGAACAUCAGUAAAAACUUUGAACAGUACGCCAUUGACCCUGCCACCCGCUACCCCAACCUCAACUCCAGCUGUGUACGCCCACACCAGGUGCGUCACCUGUUCAUUGACGGCCAACAGGACUCGUGUCACCUGGAAAGAGGAGGACCCACACGUAGAUCAGUGAACUUGUCCAGACGAGAGUCUGAGGUGCAUCCUGGCCGGCUGUUGACCUGGUGUCAGAAGCAGACUCAGGGCUACAGAGGGGUCGACGUCAUCAACCUUACUUCUUCCUGGAGGAGCGGCCUGGCCUUCUGCGCGCUCAUACACCGCCAGAGGCCUGAGCUCAUUGACUAUGACUCUCUUAACGAGGAGGACAUGGCGGGGAACAACCAGUUGGCGUUUGACUUGGCCGAGCAAGAGUUUGGCAUCCAGCCAGUAACAAGAGGACGUGAGAUGGCUGCAGAGGCUGAACCAGACAAGCUACUGAUGGUUCUCUACCUUUCUAAAUUCUAUGAGGCCUUCUGGAACUCCCCAGAAAACAAAAACGGUUCGAGAGAACCACAUGAGAUUGAUGAGGGAUAUCUAACUAAAAGCAACCACAAACUGCUGAACCUGCCUCAGCCCAAGAAGAGGAUACCCAGGGUUGACAAUAAGCUGGAAGACAAUUUUGUUAACAAGAGACGGCGAAAGGGCAACCACUUCCUCACAGAGUUGUCUUGUCACAGUGCACCCCCUGCUGGUGAGGAUGGGGAGCUGCGGGAGAACAAGGUCCGCUCCAUGGCUACUCAGCUGCUGGCCAAGUUUGAGGAGAAUUCCUCGACAGCAAAGGAUGAGGAAGAGGAAGAGGAGGAUGAGGACCAGGAGAAGAGGGAAAACCCACGUUUUGCAAAGCCCAAGAAUGUCCCCCCUCCACCUCCUCAACCUUCUCCUCGUCCCAAGUGGCAGCCAUCCAUCUACCUCCGCUUACUGGAGAAUCCCAGUGCUGUGGCUCAGCAAACCACUUUCCUCUAUUCCCCCACAUCUUCUUACCCUCAGAGUGGCUACAGUCGCUCUCCUUCACCCUCGCAGUCUAUGGGUCAAUUAAGUCCUCCCCGCUCACCGAGCCCUAAUGGUACUGAACAUUACUACACAGAAUGCACUUCUCCAGAUGUGACAACCAGUCAUUUAUCUGCUUCUACUCUGUCUGCUUCGGAUAUUGACCAUUCCUCUGAGAGGUCAGAGGAGUCAAUGCAGAAGCAGAAUAAAGCCCAGAGACUGUCUACUAAAGAAUAUUAUGGGAGGAGUAUAAAAGAGAGAGCGGUUCUCCUCUCCUCCAUGUUUCCUGGGUCCAACAAACCUCCUCCUGCUUCUCUUUCUGAAUCAAAGGUGGAACUAUGUUCCCUUCCUUCCUUGUCCCCACCUCCUCCUCCUCCUCCUUCUGCCUUGGUUUCAAAGAGCUCUACAGUCUACCCUGUAGUCCACCCUGUCCCUGACCCCACUGCCCAGGCUGGUUUCUCCUCUAUCCCCCUGUACACUGCUGGACACAAGGACAAGAUACAGAAAGACUCCUCUACUCCUUCAUCUUACACCGACUCACUCACAAAAAACAAGCAAAUUUCUUCUCUUGUUGUUGAUUCCUCCACAUGCAACAAACAAACAUAUGCUGCCCCCUUUUCGACUUGCUCUGAUGAGAGCCAGGAGAGCUCCUCCCCCCUCUGUGAUUCUGUUGUGAAUUGUGAAAAUGGACAUAGCAGUUUAGCUCCCUAUUCAGUUUCUUUACUGCACAAGGGAAGCUAUGGAAGGAUGCAUGAGAGUUCUCUGAAUAAUCUGGAAAGUGAGCAGGAGAACGUCCAAAAAACUCAGAAGACAUCUGAUGAUAAGAAAUUAGCCGAAAGUGAUCAGAUGAAGUGCAAUGGGAGCUGCGUUCUUGAGAACCCUAAAGGAAUCACUCAAAAGUCAAUUGUUCGCUCUGAGAGUUGUCCGACAGGAGCUGCUAGUUACAUUAAAGAGCGUACAGUCGGAAAGGUAUCAUCAGCCAUAGAUGCUAAAGCUCAGAUAUUGGCCGUCCUGUAUGAGACAGACCACAGGCCCAAUGCCACACCGUGUGUGGUACGUAAGGACCUCCCUCCCGGUCUCGGCGGCAGUGACAUUUGUCACUUCUGCACUAAGCGGGUGUACGUUAUGGAGAGACUGAGCGCUGAGGGCUAUUUCUUCCACCGGGAGUGUUUCCGCUGUGACAUCUGUAACAGCACACUCCGUCUGGGAGGGCACAUCUUCGACUCGCAGGAAACAAAGUUCUACUGCAAGCUGCAUUAUGCCCAGCGUCAGUCCAGCACUCACAUGGGGAGGUUCAGAAGGAGAAUGGAAAACCAAAGCCGUGGCACACCCUCGUCAUUGGACAGUGGGAGCUACUCAGCGACCGGCAGCGUCCAGAUCCAACCCCCAGGUGGGGAGUCCAGCUUGCAUUCAGAGCUUGAUGAAGGUCAGAAAAGAGUUCCUGAAGACACAGAGAUGGCUGUUGAAGCUCUGGAUGCUUCCUGUAUAGUCAAACCAACAGCACAAGAUACUACAGGGGCCAAGGGCCAAAGCCAGGACAGUAGUAAAGAUUACUGUAACACCAAACAGAGUAAUCAAUGGAAACGGAAGAUCAGAGCGACCUUCCCUCUGAUCUUCAUCAAGCACUUCCAGAAAAGCUGGCCUCCGGACAAAGAGGGACCAGAGACUGUCCCUGAAGUGGACUCUGACUUUGAGGAGAUCACUUUAGCAGGAAAAGAAACUAACUCUGGCAGCAGUUCCAAGACAUCAGCCGAGAAGAGCAAAGAGCACUCAGCUACAAUAAAGACAGUCUGCAACUUGUCCACCCCCAAAAAACGCUUGAUGUUAUCUCUUUCUGAAAAAGAGAAGCUUCUGAACUGGGACCUUCUGGUCACACCAGAGGAAACUCCGAUUAACACAAACAUCAAAAACAAACAUCAACAUAAAGACAAGGUACAAGCAGAGACAGAAGCAGAUAAGCUUCAGACAGACUGGGGCCAGAACGUGGAACCAUCUCAGAGCCAAACCUCUGCCUCGUCCCCCUCAGCCUUUCAGCUUAUAGCAAACGCCUUCAGAAGGACAUUUAGUGUGACCAAUCCCUCCAGCAGGUCCAACACUGCAGUCACAAUGAGGACCAAACGUGACGGUCCCUGCAAACAGAGGCCCUUGUCAGAAGGAGCGUUGAGCUCUAGCUCCCUCUUAAGCACCAUGGGUCCAGAGUCAUCCAGAGAUGAGAAGAAAGCCAGCAAGCGUGAAGCUCAGGGGGCAUCUGCAGGGGCCAAUCCAUGGGGGGCCGGGCGAGACCUUCCCUCUCUGUUACAGCAGGUUUCCUUAAAGGGCUCUAGUCACUCUGGAGGGGUGUUCACUGACAACAUGGCCUCGUUGCCAGGCAAGAGGGUGAAUUUGUUCUCAUCCCUGAGCCUCAGGAAAAGGGAGGAGUCAGAGAGUGAGGGGCAGGACCAGGAGGUGCAAAAGAUACUCAUCAACCUCAGAACCAAAGCCUCCAGACAACAGAAUCUUGAAGAGCCUUCCUCUAGUGACGAUGAAGAUGAAAACCUGACAUCCAAUCAGAAGCUGUGUCCAGCGAGACAGAGGAGAAAGCAGGAGAAGACGGUGGCCCAGCAGGCUAAAAGAGAACUGCUGAAGAGGCUUCACAGAGCUCAGGCUAUCCAGAGACAACUGGAGGAGGUUUCAGAGAAACAGAGAGAUCUGGAGGAGAGAGGAGUGGCUAUAGAAAAAAUCAUAAGAGGAGAAACAGAAUCAUCUCAGACAGAUGACGAGGCCCAGCUCUAUCAGUCCUGGUUUAAACUUGUUCUGGAGAAGAACAAAUUGGCCCGCUAUGAGUCUGAACUCAUGAUCUUCGCUCAGGAGCUUGAACUGGAGGACACACAGAGCCAACUGCAGCAGGAUCUUCGACACAGGAUGGCAAUAGAAGAUACAAAGAAGAGUGCCUCUGAGCUGCAGGAAGAGCAGGAGAUCCUGUCAGAGAUCAUGAGGACAGUGGAGAAACGAGACAUGUUGGUCUCUAUACUAGAGGAGCAAAGGCUGAAGGAGAGGGCUGAGGAUAGGGACCUGGAGAGCCUUGUGCUGUCCAAGGGCUACGAGUUUCACUGGGCCCAGGCCGAUGAAAGCUGGGGGCAGGAGAAGCUGGAGUGAAGGUUGAAUGUUGAGCAUCUCAGUGGUAAAGAGCAGGAUAGAUAGUAAAGGGUAAAAAAGUACUGUAAGGCUCUACAUAACACUAUUCUAGUUUGUAUCUAGCCUAUUCUCAUCUACAAAUCUAGCUAAUGUGGUGAGGAUGGGAAUGUAAUGAAAUCAUCUAGUCUCAUUUUGUGCCGGUAUGCUGAGCUCAGAAUCUGGGGAAAAUUGAAAUGGAACUUGAGCUAAUCAUUUUGGCACAUAAACCAGCUGGCUUGUUUUACAUUUAUGUCAUAAAUCAAGAGAUGUGCUUUAUGUAAUUCACUGUUAGUCACUUUGUAGCGUGUGUGUGUGUGUGUGUGUGUGUGUGUGUGUGUGUGUGUGUGUGUGUGUGUGUGUGUGAGUGUGUGUGUGCGUGUGUAAGCUCUCGUGUGUAUUUUAAUAUUGUUAUUUUUUCACUUUGUGCUGGAACGCUGUCAAAUAAAUAUUAAAUUGGAUUUACACCCAGACAACGUUGAACACAAAUGUAAUCCUAACCACAUAUUUGUAGCCAGCUGGUAAGAUGUACCUCUUCUAGGUGGCUAAAAUGUCACCUUUUUACUCCAUUGUGACUCAAGUUGGCACAUAAUUCAAAACUGAAUCACAGGGCAGAAAACUGCAUCUGCACAGGUUGAAACUUGCAUGCAUGUUGCACAUCUGGCCACACCCUAGUCAAUGAUGUCACAACCCUUGUCUUGCAUUAGCUGUCAAGGCAAACAACUUUCUGUGACAUCACAGAUUGGGUGUGGCCAGAUAUGUGACAUGCCUAAAAGUGUUGAUACUUUUUGUAAUCCAGAGUAGAUUUACCCUGUGACUAACUACUGUCAUGUUAAACUGUGAUUGUUUCAUUUGCUGGUUUAAACCUAGUGUGUGGGCUGUGAGUCAAAAUAAAUAUUGUGUUUACAUGAGUUUUAAUCCCAGUAAAAAGAUCCACACUUCUCA